CUCGUGUCGAACGCCACCACUUCUUUGUAGCUCUCACUCUUGCAAUCGUCUUCACAGUCGCAAUUGCUACUCUCUGCUCACUGGAUUACUUCAUUGAGCUAAUACCGACAUCUCUUGAUACCCAUGUCAGCCUCCCUCCCACCGUUGAACCCUCUGCUAAAAGUGUGCGGAAAACGUACGCGAGAUAUCUUCUCGUCAUGUCCGGACGACAGCAUGCAGGAUGAACCCAAAAGUGCGCGGAUCCGACUGUCUGUGAAGAUGAACGACGAAUACAAAGACGUACGGGAGCUACCCGCACAGCUACUUGCACAGCAAGGCCCAGUAGGUCCUGCGCGGCCGAAGGAGCAGCGGAAGGCUAUUACUGCUGGACCCGCGACAGACACAGAGACAGGCCGCAUGAUUGCAAUAAUCGACAACAAGCCCAAACCACAGCCCUCGACGUUCACUUCCGCCAGCAAUCUCUCAGAAGCGCUGCAGCUGCACAAAACAACACGAACGAUCAAGCCCACUUACCAUCCGCCAUGGAAACUCAUGCGUGUCAUUUCUGGACAUUUAGGGUGGGUGCGUAGUGUUGCGGUAGAGCCCGGCAACAAAUGGUUCGCGACGGGGGCGGGAGACCGGGUGAUAAAGAUUUGGGAUCUGGCAUCUGGGGAGCUGAAGUUGUCGCUGACGGGGCACAUCUCGACUGUGCGCGGGCUGGCGGUCUCCCCUCGGCAUCCAUACUUGUUCUCAUGCGGCGAGGAUAAGAUGGUGAAAUGCUGGGACUUGGAGGCGAACAAGGUGAUCCGACACUACCACGGGCACCUCUCUGGUGUCUACGCACUGUCGCUACAUCCUACACUUGACAUCCUCGUGACAUGCGGUCGUGACGCAUCCGCGCGCGUCUGGGACAUGCGCACAAAAGCACAAAUCCAUGUCCUCUCCGGUCACACUGCUACCGUCGCAGAUGUCAAGUGCCAGGAGUCCGACCCACAGGUCAUCACUGGAAGUAUGGACUCCACAGUCAGAUUAUGGGACCUUGCCGCGGGGAAGACGAUGGUCACGCUCACACACCACAAGAAAUCAGUGCGCGCAUUGGCCAUCCAUCCCACGGAAUAUUCCUUCGCAUCUGCAUCUGCCGGCGGCAACAACAUCAAGAAAUGGAAAUGUCCCGAAGGUGCAUUUGUCUUCAACUUCAGUGGCCACAACGCUAUCAUCAACACACUGUCCGUCAACUCGGAAGGCGUGUUCUUCUCUGGCGGCGACAAUGGCACUCUCACGUUGUGGGAUUACAAUACUGGCACUGCAUUCCAGACCCUCGAUGAUAUCCCACAACCCGGUUCCCUGGAGGCAGAGGCAGGCGUGUUCUGCUCGACAUUCGAUAUGACAGGAACCCGUCUGAUUACGGGCGGAGCGGACAAGACCAUCAAGGUUUACGCUGAACAGUCACAAUAGACGGCUCGUUUGUUUGUACUGUACGGAUUGUAUUCUUUCUGUAAUUACUAAUCCUCGCUGCUGGGAUAAUGUCGUCUACCUGUUUAGAAGGAGACCUCAGAGCAUGGUGUGCCAGCUCAUAUAACAAAGUGCUAAGCAAGAUGAACCAUAAAUAUUCAUUAUCCGC